GCCCUGAGCAGCUCGGCGGACGCCCGGCGCCGCGGCCCGGAGGUAAAGGGCUGGAUGUGCUGCGCGAGCCGGAGCAGCCGGAGGCAGGGGGGCCGCAGGGAGCACACGCGGCACGGGGGACCGGCCCUCCAGCCGCGCUUAGCAGCAUCGCCACAGCAACCAGCGACCAGACGGCAACAGCCUAGGCAGACACAAGCGGACGGCUUCCCACCGUCGGCUGAGGACAGGGAAUGACUACAGCGAAUCAGGCCACGCUGCCGACAAGGGAGGUGGAGUGUCACUAGAGGGGAGGGGCGGCCACCGCCCGCUGCCGGAGCACCAUGCCGGCCGGAGCAGAGGCGCUGGGGCACGGGCUGCGGUGUGGCUCGGCCUCGCCCCGCUGCCAGCACUGAGCGCUUCCAGGGCAGCUGGGCUCUCAUCUGCCGGGUGCACCAGCCACACUUCAGUGUCCCCUCACUGCGGCCGUCCCAUCCGGAGGCCAGGCGGAGCAGGCAAGAGGAAGAGGCCCCCGUCCCGUGCUCUGCGUCUGGGCCCGCCGCUGCCAGACCAUGGGAUGUCGGCAAAGCUCAGAGGAGAAAGAGGCAGCGCGGCGGUCCCGGAGAAUCGACCGCCACCUGCGCUCGGAGAGCCAGCGGCAGCGCCGCGAGAUCAAGCUGCUCCUGCUGGGCACCAGCAACUCGGGCAAGAGCACCAUCGUCAAGCAGAUGAAGAUCAUCCACAGCGGCGGCUUCAACCUGGAGGCCUGCAAGGAGUACAAGCCCCUCAUCAUCUACAACGCCAUCGACUCGCUGACACGCAUCAUCCGGGCCCUGGCCGCCCUCAGGAUCGACUUCCACAACCCCGACCGCGCCUACGACGCCGUGCAGCUCUUCGCGCUGACGGGCCCUGCCGAGAGCAAGGGCGAGAUCACACCCGAGCUGCUGGGCGUCAUGCGGCGGCUGUGGGCCGACGCCGGGGCCCAGGCCUGCUUCGGCCGCUCCAGCGAGUACCACCUGGAGGACAACGCGGCCUACUACCUGAACGACCUGGAGCGCAUCGCCGCGCCCGACUACAUCCCCACCGUCGAGGACAUCCUGCGCUCCCGGGACAUGACCACGGGCAUCGUGGAGAACAAGUUCACCUUCAAGGAGCUCACCUUCAAGAUGGUGGACGUGGGUGGGCAGAGGUCGGAGCGCAAAAAGUGGAUCCACUGCUUCGAGGGCGUCACAGCCAUCAUCUUCUGUGUGGAGCUCAGCGGCUACGACCUGAAGCUCUACGAGGAUAACCAGACGAGUCGAAUGGCAGAGAGCCUGCGGCUGUUUGACUCCAUCUGCAACAACAACUGGUUCAUCAACACCUCGCUCAUCCUCUUCCUGAACAAGAAGGACCUGCUGGCGGAGAAGAUCCGGCGCAUCCCGCUCACCAUCUGCUUCCCCGAGUACAAGGGCCAGAACACGUACGAGGAGGCCGCCGUCUACAUCCAGCGGCAGUUCGAGGACCUGAACCGCAACAAGGAGACCAAGGAGAUCUACUCUCACUUCACCUGCGCCACCGACACCAGUAACAUCCAGUUUGUCUUUGAUGCGGUGACAGACGUCAUCAUACAGAACAAUCUCAAGUACAUUGGCCUUUGCUGAGCAGCCGGCCCGGCCUGCCUGCCUGUGGUGAAACCAUGGGGUGUCACGCCCCGACUCGUGCUAGAGAGGCCCACCCGGGGGCAGCAAAUGGGGGUCUACGGAAUGUCCCCCGCCCCUUGGCCUCCACCUCCUUGGCCCCGUGUUUCUGCAAACAUUAAAAUAUACGGAUAGAUUGCUAGGUAGGUAGACACACACGCACACACGCACAUGUCUGGAGAUGGCAAAGUCCUCCGAAGCGCCAAGGUCUUUUGGAGACGCGAGAAGCUGUCACAAGGUCACUACGAGCCCAUGCUGCCCCUUCACUUUGCCUUCCUGAGGUGGCCCUACUCUGCAUGGGGGUCGGCAUCGGACUGUCAGGUUGUGGCAGUGGGCUGGGGCUGGGGCAGGCCAGCUUGCCGCCCGAGCCCCAGCCAGGGGACAUCGCUGCUGACCAGGAGGGAGGACCGGUGCGGGGUCUGUGCACUUCCUGCUGGCUGCGCCCACUGCUGGCCUACACAUGGCUGCUCUGCACCACAUCUGUUCCCGACCUGGGACCUGGGGAGCCAGGUGGCCACACUAACCCGACCUCCAGCCACUCACAGCUCUUUUUAAACAGCUUCAAAAUAUGCAGCAAAAAUCAACACAAUAAAACGAGUGGCACGAUUUAUUUCCAACUAGGCCAGCUGGGCUUCCAGCUUUUCUUCUACUAGUCUGAUAUUUUAUAAAUCAAAACCUGGUUCUUCUUCUCUGACAUCCUUUUUUUUGGCCAAAUCUCGUGGUGUUUCGCAGAAAAACAAAAAAUACAGAAAAUUUCAAACGCAGUUGAGUAUUCUUUUUUAAAUGCAGAUUUUCAAAACAUAUUUUUUUUUAGGUGAUCCUUUUUGUGUCUGGCUUGCUGAGUGUAAAAGUUGUUAUCCGGACGAUUCUGUCCCUCUGCUCCAAAGAAAUCCUGAGGUAGGUGGCAGUCCUGCGCCAGCCUCGUGGGGCACGUGUUGUACAUAAGCCUCUGCAGCGUCCUCUUGUUACUGGUGCAGUUUUCUGCUUUGUUUUUAUUUAAGAAAAUAAAUGUGAUGUAUUUAAAGAAGGUCCUUCACCUAAGAGCGAAUGAACAAUAGCUAAACGUCUUGGUAUUUAAAGAGUAAACUAUCUGUGGCUUUGCCGAGUGAAAGAAGGGGAGCAAGAGAUGGCGCCCCCUGGCCCCCACACGCCCCGCACCUGAGAUAGGCUGGGAGCACCUCCAACUCCUGUGACGGCACAGCCGGCGUUGUGGCCUGGGGGAGGCCCCGCUGGGACCGCACACGGGCCUUCCUGCCCCAAGGCCCGUGGGACCUUCGCCAAGGGCUGCGUGUACAUAGGAAGCCUUGAGGGGAGGCCGCCGGAGCCCUGCCAGAUCUCUCUUGCCCUUUGUGCGGCACCUGUGAGUCGAGGUCAGUGUGCACAUUCACAGCCAAGGACUUCAAGAGAUGCACAGAGGGAGAGAGGAGCUGGUGGUCGUAUGAAAGUCAAAGAUUGUCUACUUUAAGAAAAUAAAAUACCCUGAAUGGAGCCGA